AUGGCGACGCAACUUGCAGGCAUGGGACACAAUGCCGGAGGUCCAGUUGCUGAGUCACACACGCUGGUCAGUCAACUCUAUCACCCGGGCAAUCAACGCGAUCCGGCCCGGAUCAAUGAGAUUCAAGCACGGUUGCAGCAACUCCAGAAAGGCGAAAAUGCCUGGGAAAUCGCGGAUUCCCUGUUACGGGAGCCAUCAGCCCAUCAUCGGUUCAUGGGAGCACUUACAUUCACAGUUAAAGUUAAUGUCUCAAGCGUUGAUAUUGAAGAGUCCAUGACCGUGGAGAUUUUGGCGCAGCUCGUUAACCAUUUCGUCGCUAUCGUUAACGAGGGCGAACAGGCGAUGGUAAUCAGGAAACUUGCAUCCAGCCUGACGACUAUCUUCAGGCACCCAAAAUCACCAUGGAAACGAGCUAUCUGGCAGCUGGCUGCCAGCCUUGCUCAUGGUGGAUAUGUCUCUGAACAGGAAUCCCAGACUGUGGAUUUCCUGAAUGGGGUACUGCCUGCACUAAGCACACAACAAGCAUUGGCGUUGUCAUUUUUCUCAGUGGCGCUGGCUGAAGACGGUUUGCGGCUAGAGGUUGAGCCCCAAGAUGCCAAGCCGAUUCUGGAAAGGUGCCAAGCGAACACCGAGGAUGGUUUUCUGUUGGUGCGAUACAUCAUGCAGCAGAUUUCAAUUUCCGAGGCUGCACUCAGGGAAGAGUCAACAGAAGUCACAUUAGGGAAUGAGGCUAUGAGUUCGUGGAAGGCCUGGCUAGGUGUUUACGCAAGCCGUUAUACAUCGAGUGGCGAAAGUCUUCAGGGUAUCGCUGUUCAAUGUGGUCAGGAUAUUAUCAAAAUGCUUCGAUUUACUACCCUUAGCGAAAGCGCCGCAACAGUAUUGACACAGGCCUUUGACAAUCGCCGCUGGGCCUUCGAUGAAAAUUCCAUAUGGGCUUUGUCGGAAAUCCUAUCCGACUCUAUUGUGACGAUGCAUAUCGUUGCUAUUACCAAGGGCGACGAGGGUAAUGAGAGCAUGGCAUACGUCGACCUCUUGGUGGCAUAUCUCUCGUACCUUCAUUUGGAUUUGUUCACCGAUCCGAUGAAACCCCAGAACGUCGGAAUUUUGACCAUUGUCCAUGGCAUUUUCAAAACUCCGGGAUACGCCUCUAUCGAUGACCCGGCAACACCCCGUGUCCUGGAAUACUGGAGUGAAAUUGCCGAAUGUGUUACCGAUGAGCUAAAUUCUGAUGAUCCCCGGUAUCAGUUAGUCAAAGGCCAACUAGCCGAGGUGGUCCUAGGAUUGUUCAACAAACUUCUUUACCCAACAACCGAGGACCUCGAAGAUUGGGGCGAUGAUGAAAGGGGAGAAUUCAACGCUUUCCGCUAUGAAGCCUGCGAUUAUCUUCUAUCAGCCUACCCGAUCUUGGGGGUAGAGUUGGUGAGCGUAUUCCAAAAGAGCGCAACAACUCAUCUCGAGAAUCAUGAUUGGCGAGGGUUCGAGGCCGCUAUGUUUUGCAUUGCACAACUCUCUGAAGCAGUCGAUGAAAAUGGCCAUGCAGAUCAGUGUCUGGAUGCGAUUUUCGGUAGCAAGGCCUUUUCUCAACUUUGCACAGGCAGCGAGGCGCAGAUUCCUCUCAAAGCGCGCCAGACUCUGGUGGACACAUUUGGAAAGUACGAAUCUUAUUUCGAGCGUCACAACUCUCUCCUUGCGGGUGUUUUGAACAUUUUAUUCGAGUCACUCAGCUUCGAGCCCUGCGCACAGGCGGCUUCACGAUCCAUCUUGACCCUCUCGAAGUCCUGUGCUCGUGUCUUGACUUCAGAGCUCCCUAUUUUCCUAGAUCAGUUUGACCAGUUCCGCACCAAGCCAACGGCAACCGUAUCAACCAUGCCAAAGGUCUUGGAGGGUAUUGCGACGAUCAUUCAAAAGCUAUCUACCGACCAGGAGAAGGUUGAAACGCUUGAGAGAAUUCUUGAUUUUUUCGUCCAGGAGGCGAAGAAGGCGCGAGAAGAAGCCAGCACGUCAUAUGAUGUGGCUCGAUCUCAUGGUCACCUUGUGUUGGGCUGUAUCGCCAGCAUCGGAAGGGGGCUUCGGGCUGAUUCGGAUGAAGUUAUCAAUCUUGAUGAAGCAGAAGAACAAAACCCAUAUCCACCAUCUUUCUGGAAUGCCGGCCCAGGCUCUCGAGCUCAGCAACUGAUCAUGGAAGCGAUGCGUAUCCUCAUUGUGGACUUCCCAGUGGACAGCGGUAUCAUAGAUUCUGCGUGCGACAUUCUCAAGGCUGGAUAUACAGAGUCAUCCGGUCUUUUUGUCUUCCCUCCGUCACUAACAGUUGACUUCAUCAAGAGCUUCCCACUGGGUAUAUCCGGAACAGAUGUCAUCAUGGCCACCGCCUCUUCCUUCCUUGCCUCCCACGCCUCCCAUGCAGCUCAUAUUCGCAAUGAAGCAGUGGCCUUGAUAAUCCAUGUGACUGAACUAUUCUCGUCGAUGCUCCAAACUCCCGAUAUCUACGACCCGGAAACUGCCAAUGCUGGCAUAGACUUCCUCGCACGCCUACUACCGAAAUACUACCACAUACUAUUCUCACUCACCGAACCGCUUCCGUCUUCAACGGGAAAUGCUUCAUUACAGCAUCCGCCUGUGUUCGCAGUCCUCCUCAACUUUACACUCCAUGCACUGAGCAGACCUGAGCCAUUAACAAUUCGCUCAGGCUCUAGUUUCUGGGUCACGAUGAUAGAGCUACGUGGCGGGAAUGCGGAAGAAACCGCAGCACUCGACCAGGUCUUGGAUCAAUUCAUCCCACCAUUGUGCCAAACUCUGGUCAAACAAUUCGCUGGCCGUUGCUCAAGGUCAGAUCUUCCAUCCCUCAGCGACGCGCUUCGACGAACCAUCUUCAACAAAAUGAGACAAGCACGCCCAAGCCUUGCAACUGCACUGGAAACACUCGAUGCCCAGAUGGCAGAUGCAAACGGGAACCAAGUGCCAGUCUUCUCUCCACAAGACAAAUCUCGGUUCCUGGAAACUCUCAUGAUUGCUCGGGGCGCAAGGUCACAGACUCUGGAGCUUGUCAGGAAUUUCUGGCUCAAGUGCCGCAACAUGAGCUUUGAUUAUACACAAUAG